GAAAUUCUUACCAUUUUCCUCCUUUAAAUUAUACUUGUUCGAAUCAAGAUAUUAAUCUCUCUCUCUCUCUCUCUCUCUCUCUCUCUCUCUCUCUCUCAAAACAGGGGAAAUCCCGAAAACAUCUCUUCUUCUUCGAUUUCAUUUUCAUUCCCUUGUUGGUAAUCGUCGUUUUUUCCCUGUCUUCUUUGUAAGGAGGGAUUCGUCUGUUUUUUACAGGGUAGGAGAGAGAAACAUAAAACCUCUAGAAAUCUCUCAUCCGCCCUUCCUUUCUCUCUCUAGAAAUGGUUUCAGAGAAAAGAUCCAACCUUGAAUGUUUCCUGGAUUCCACAACCCCUGUUGUUUCAUCCCAAUUCCUCUCCAAGAGUGAGAUUAGGAACCUUAAUAAGCUAUGGCAUCCAUGGGAAAGGGAGAGAGUUGAAUUCUUCACGUUGGGAGAUCUUUGGAAUUGUUUCGAUGAAUGGAGUGCCUAUGGCGCCGGAGUUCCGAUCAACGUCGACGACGCCGGAGAUGAAACUAUUGUUCAGUAUUAUGUUCCUUACCUCUCCGCCAUUCAAAUCUUUACAAGCAAUUCAUCUUUGAACUGUCAAAGGGAAGAAACAGAUUCCGAAACCAGGGAUUCAUUUAGCGAUUCGUUGAGUGAGGAAAGCGAGAGCGAGAAGGUGUCAAGGUGGGAUGGAUGUUCUUCCGAUGAAUGUGUUUUUGAUCAAGAAACAUCUUCUCAUUUGAACGAUCGAUUGGGUCAUCUUUACUUUCAAUACUUCGAUAGAUCAACUCCUUACGGAAGAGUCCCUCUCAUGGACAAGGUAUGUGCGUUAUCUAAAAGAUACCCUGGAUUGAUGUCGCUGAGGAGUGUUGAUCUUUCACCAGCUACUUGGAUGGCCGUUGCUUGGUACCCAAUAUAUCAUAUUCCUAUGGGGAGAACGAUCAAAGACUUGUCAACAUGUUUCUUGACAUACCAUACCUUAUCUUCAUCGUUUCAAGAUCUUGAUGAAAAUGGAUUGUCAAAGAGAAAGAGAAAGGAAGGAAUCUGUGUUCCAGCAUUUGGAUUAGCGACCUACAAGAUGCAAGUUGGGUGUCCAACACCAUGA